AGUAACACGUCACUCUGCGGAGCUCCAGGAACCGGCUGCUCGACGAAGUCAUUUUCACUUUCAAUGGUCGUGUGAUCGCGGUUAUCAUAUUUUAUUUAUUAAGGCCUCAUCGAUUAAAAAGUUCACACUGUCAUGGCGACCUACCAAGAGUUCAUCCAACAGAACGAAGAUCGCGAUGGAGUACGCUGCAGUUGGAACCUCUGGCCUUCCAGCCGCCUGGAGGCCACACGGCUAGUGGUUCCUGUUUCCUGCCUCUUCACUCCUCUCAAAGAGAGACCGGACCUGCCUCCGGUCCAGUACGAGCCGGUACUGUGCAGCCGGGCCAACUGCAAAGCCGUACUCAACCCACUCUGUCAAGUGGACUUCAGAGCUAAGAUAUGGGCCUGCAACUUCUGCUUCCAGAGGAACUCUUUUCCUCCAUCAUACGCAGGCAUUUCAGAAGUGAAUCAGCCCGCAGAGCUAAUGCCUCAGUUCUCCACCGUUGAGUACAUAGUGCAGUUCAUGUUCCACUUGAGGAGAUCCCCAUUCCUGCAGGUGUUCAAUAACAGUCCGGAUGAGUCGUCUUACUACAGGCAUCAUUUUGUGAGUCAGGAUCUGACACAGUCGCUCAUAAUGAUACAGCCCAUCCUCUACUCCUACUCUUUCUACGGCCCUCCAGAGCCCGUUCUUCUGGACAGCAGCAGCAUCCUUCCUGAUCGCAUUCUGCUGAUGGACACCUUCUUCCAGUUGGUGAUUUUCCAUGGAGAGACUAUCGCUCAGUGGAGGAAGGCUGGAUACCAGGAGAUGGCAGAGUAUGAGAACUUCAAGCAGCUGCUUCAGGCUCCUCUGGACGACGCUCAGGAGAUCUUGCAGACACGCUUCCCCAUGCCCAGAUACAUCGACACCGAGCACGGAGGUUCACAGGCCCGCUUCCUCCUCUCCAAAGUCAACCCCUCCCAGACCCACAACAACCUCUACGCCUGGGGCCAGGAGUCCGGAGCACCAAUCCUCACAGACGACGUCAGUCUGCAAGUUUUUAUGGACCAUCUCAAGAAACUGGCUGUUUCAAGUUCAGCAUAAACUUUCUGCGGAAGAUCAGUGAAGGAUGUACAUUUAGAGUGCUGAAGAAAUGAACUUUUGACCUAAUCUUCUGGAAAAAACUUCCAUAUCCAACCUUGACACGACAAAGUGCAUCUCUGUGUUUGUUUAGGAGGUCC